AAUCAAAAUUAGGUCCAAAAGUACUCCACUUUACUUCUUCUUCGAUAUUCUUACAAGCCCAUUGAGGUUGUUGCCGCGAUCUCUUCUUCUUCUUCCUCCUCUUCGCGCCGCUAGGUUUUACCAAAUUCAAAGCAAAGUGAAUGAAGGUAUUUCGGGCAAAUAUGAAAACGCGUGCCACCUUUGACUGUUAAUUAGAAAGGGAUACAUCCAUGAGAAAAUGCAUUCAACAGCUUCUUCUUCCUCUUCGUCGUCUUCCUAUUCUAUUAUUCAACGUCUUCGCUCUUUAGCGUCUUCAAAGCUACCUUUCUUUACCUUUAUUUCCCUAUAUCUCCAUGUCCAGAUUUUUGACGUUUGCCAAUAUUAGGAAAGCUGCACAAUAUGCUAUUUCGAACCCAACAACGAGCCAUUCGGAAUUUAGGAAGUAUGGAACAGUUGUUACUAUCGGGUUGCAGUUGCCGCAGUAUAGAGUGCACUCCCAUUAUGGGUUCAACAUUGGAGGAAAGGCUCCAUGGGUAUUGCAGAAUACCAAGGAAGGGAUAUCUCGAGGUUAUUUUGCCCGGAACCAUUCAUUCUUUUCCGCGAGUAGUGCAGUGACUCAUCAUGCACAAGUUGCUUGGAAAAAGUUCACCCGUAAAUGUUCUUCGAGUUGUCAUACAUUCCCUUACAUAAGGAUGGCUCAAGCAGUAAGCUUAGCAUUGUCCCGCUCUCACUUGAUAGUUCCUGGUAUUUUUGGCUUGGGAGGCGGACGACUGGCAUUGGCGCAGAGGAAGGUAGUAGAGACAAAUUAUUACCCAUCACCAAAUUCUUUGUAUAGUCGUGCUCAAGAUGGUCAUGCUUUUGUUUCUUCUAUACUACUUUCAGUGAUAGAAGGUGUUAUCUUGCUAGUGAGGGCUAUCUAUCUUACAAUUUUGUUCUCUCCGAGUAUAAUAAUGGCACCAUUUGCCGACUCUUGUGGCCUCAAAUUCAGGAAAAUAUGGCUUGAAGUCGUGCAUCGCACACUUGAAACGGCAGGUCCAGCAUUCAUAAAAUGGGGUCAAUGGGCAGCAACGCGACCAGAUCUCUUCCCUAAAGAUUUAUGCACCAAGCUUUCAGAGCUUCACAGCAGGGCUCCUGAACACAGCUUUGCUUUCACAAAGAAAACUAUUGAAAGAGCAUUUGGCCGUAAGCUUUCUGAAAUAUUUGACAGUUUCGAAGAGGAACCGGUGGCUUCUGGAAGUAUAGCUCAGGUGCACCGGGCUUCUUUGAGAUUCCGUUACCCUGGUAAAAGGGUCAAGCCCAUGUUAGUGGCAGUAAAGGUUAGACAUCCUGGUGUUGGUGAAUCAAUUAGGAGAGAUUUUAUGAUUAUCAACUUGGUGGCGAAAUUAUCAAAGUUCAUUCCAACUCUUAACUGGUUGAGAUUGGAUGAGAGUGUCCAGCAAUUUGCUGUUUUCAUGAUGUCUCAAGUUGAUCUUGCCAGGGAAGCUGCCAAUUUGAACCGUUUUAUAUAUAAUUUCCGAAGCUGGAAAGAUGUUUCUUUUCCUAAGCCUGUCUAUCCACUUGUGCACCCUGCUGUUUUAGUGGAAACGUACGAACAAGGGGAAAGUGUUGCACGCUAUGUUGAUGAAUUUGAAGGAUAUGAUAUGGUUAAGGCCAAACUUGCUCAUAUUGGAACUCAUGCGCUUUUAAAGAUGCUUUUGGUCGACAACUUCAUUCAUGCUGACAUGCAUCCUGGAAAUAUCCUUGUUCGGGUGUCUCAUAGCAAGGCUUCUCGAAAACGGCUCUUUAAGUCAAAGCCUCAUAUCAUUUUCCUUGAUGUAGGCAUGACUGCUGAACUUUCUAAAAGUGAUCGUAUAAAUUUAUUGGAAUUUUUUAAGGCUGUUGCUCGAAGAGACGGUCAGACUGCUGCUGAGUGUACACUUAGAUUAUCACAGCGACAAAACUGCCCAAACCCAAAGGCUUUUAUUGAGGAAGUAGAUGAAGCAUUCACUUUUUGGGGUACCCCGGAGGGUGAUCUAGUCCAUCCAGCUGAAUGCAUGGAACAACUGCUUGAGAAAGUAAGGCGUCAUAAAGUCAAUAUUGAUGGCAACGUAUGCACUGUUUUGGUCACCAUGUUGGUUCUUGAGGGUUGGCAAAGGAAACUUGAUCCAGGAUAUGACGUAAUGGAAACACUACAGACGCUGCUACUCAAAGCGGACUGGGCAAAAUCUCUUUCCUACACCAUCGAUGGGCUGAUGGCUCCAUGAAAGAGAUCUUUAGGUUCAUAUGUUUCUGUUUCUAUAAAACAAUUUUGAUAGAGCUAAGACAAUAUACCUAGUGUUGAAAAGCAAAUUUUUGAGCUAAUCUGAAAUGUCAUCCUCUUCUGUAAUUAUUUGUUACUUUCAACAAUUCAUUGCUGUUAUAUUUAUAUCUUAGUCUCCCAUAACAGAGAACAGUGGAAGAAAGGGCUAAACCGGAGAAAAUGAAGUGUAGAAAGCUAUUCUUUUUCUUCAAA